GUUAGUUUUUAAUUUGCAAGAUCUUCAUCGAUACAUAUCGAUAUGAAAAAAUCGAUUCGAUAUACGAUAUAUAUUAUCGAUAUCGAUAAGUCCUUCUCUAGCUUGUUUACAAAUAGUUGACCCUUCCUUUAGUUCAGAGGAUUUAAAAAUCCAAAAUAAAACAAAAAUUUUGAAUCUAGCAGGAUUUGGGUAGUAAAAUAUGUCAGGUCAUUCUUUACCUUAAGCAUAAUGACAAGCACCAAAAAAUAUGCAUUAACAAGCAUUGCAGCUGGUCUAUUUGCUAUAACUGUAUAUUUUUGGCCAUCAUGCUUAACGUGGGCACUAUUCCUAGUACUGCUAGUUUUAAUUGCGCUAAUGGGCGUCGUAUCUGCUCUGUGGAUCAACAUUAUGCUUUCAUCGCCUCAUAAAACCAUCAUUGGAGCCGAACAUGACCUUAAACAAUCUGAAAAUUUUCGUAAUAAACUUAUGAGAGACUAUGAAUCGCAACAAUCUGCAAAAAGCUGUGAAGCCAAUUUAACGCCAGUUUUUGGAAGAACUGUAGACAGUUUACUUCAACAACUACUAGACUUUGUUAUAAGAGAUUACAUUACUGUGUAUCUAAAAGAUUACACAUAUGAUUUGGAUUAUUUAGGAAUAAAUAUUAAAGAUGAUUUGUGGGGCGCUGUAAAAAAUCUUCAUGACAAGAUGUUAAGAGUUGACCAUGCAAAACUCAUUGCAUGUAAUAUUGUGGAUGUCAUUACUAAUCAUUUUGAAAAGAUUAGGGAAGCGAGAGCAGCAAAUGUUGAACAACACAUUCCUCCUGAAUUUCAUCUCUCAAUUUACAUAAUGUCUUCAGAAAAAGAGCUAGAAUAUUUGAGAACAUUGAGCGAAGUUCUGAUCAUGUUUUUAUUGCCAAGAGCUUACUCUUUAUCUCCAACCAAAUAUUUUAUUAGAGAAGUAAUCUGUUGUAAAGUAUUCAAGCCAUUUGUUGAUUUGAUCACAGAUCCAGAUUUUUUCAAUAGGAAUUUAAUUAAUUUUAUUGAAAAAGCUAAUCAACAACAAAUUAAUUUACCAAAAAAAGCUUUAGAUCAUGUUGAACUUUAUAUUGAGAAGAUUGAUGAUAUACAAGUGUUAAAACAAAUUAGGUAUAAUAUUGUAACAAAGCUAAUGCAAGCUACAACUUUGCAAAACUUGAAUCGUGCCAAAGGGGUGGAUUUAGAUAAUGAUAAGGGAAAUAUGCAGUCGUCAGGUAUUCAAAAAUCUGAAAUAAAUGCAGCAAAACGGUUAAAGAAAACCAUUACUCAUUUGACAAUGGCUAAAAAUUUGUGUGAACGAAAAUUGACUAGUCUUGGCUUUGAUUUAGGAUAUCAGUAUGGUGAUGACUUCAAAAAGGUGCUCUCACUUCAAACAAUUCUAGAUCAAAUUACAGGACGAAAAUAUUUGUCACAAUUUCUACAAACCCUCGCUAGUCAUGAUCUAAUUCGAUUUUGGAUUGCCGUUGAAGAAUUACGUACCGCACAAAGAAACCAGUGGCAUCAAUUAGGUGCUGAAAUAUUUUACACUUUUAUCAGAAAUCCCGUGUCCGAGAUUAAAGUGGACAAAACUGUAAAGAAACGAAUGGAAGCAUUUUUAUUGGGCGACAAAGGUCCAGAAGUAUUUUACGAAGUCCAGCAACAAGUGGUUCAAACAAUAGAAGACAAAUAUUAUCAACCGUUUUUAAUAAGCGACUAUUAUAAAGAAAUGCUUAUUGCGAUGGAGUCUGAGAAUAAUUUGAUUGAAACCGAUAGUUCUGGGUCAGGAGAUGAGAAACUAGUUUCUGCGGAUUUUGCUGGUAGUAUUGAAAACGGACUGAAUGUAGGCGAUCAUUCAAAUUAUGCCAGAAGGAAACUGGAUCAGUUGGAGGAAAAACUUAAUAAUAAGUCGCAGGCUUUGGCGGCUUUAAAAUCCUCAAUGAGACCAGAAUCCAAGGUUCUCAGCAAACUGGAAAAAGAAGUCGAAUGGUUGCAAGGCGAAAAACGUCAACUAGAAGCCCAUUUAUCCAGAACGGAAGUGUGGGCGGAAAAUCUAGGAAGGUGGACUGCUAGUGUCCAAAGUGCCGAGAUUCCAGAAGAAAAAGAACCUCCUCAAUUUGUCCUAGUUGUUCAAAUGUCUGAAGAAGAUGGAAAUGGUGAAGAAGCUGGAAUUUGUUCAGGCUGGGUAGUUUGUAGAAGCUUGACUCAUUUCCAAGAGUUGCACAAGAAGUUACGACCUCUAUGUUCUGACAUAAGAAAUUUAGAUCUUCCCUCAAAUUCGUUUAAGUUUCUAUUUGGUAAAACCGAUAAGGCUUCACUGGAUAAGGCUAAAAUACAAAUUCAGAAGUAUCUUGAUUUUGUAUUGAAAAAUGAUAGGCUUAAUCAAAGUGAAGCGGUUUAUUCUUUUUUAAGUCCAAGCUCUGAGCAUUUAAAGCAUUCCUCACCAAGUCCAAAAAAAUCUAGGUUUUCAUUUUCGACAAUAUUUAAAAGCUCAAGUGAACAAGGCAAUUCAUUUUCAAUUCUAAAAGAAAAUUCCGAAGAAGACAUAUCACAAUGCCUAGAUACAGUGGCAGUAGAUGCAAUUGAGUUUGUUAAACCCAACGGCCAACCAAUAAAAGUGUCUGAAGAUGGAAAAGAUUCUAUUGCAGAACCACUUUAUGCUCUCCUAUCUGAAUUAUUUGACAUGAGAGGUGUAUUUAAGUAUGUCAGAAAAACACUGAUAGGAUUCGUGCAAGUUACUUAUGGUCGUAACAUUAAUCGUCAAAUCUACGAAACGAUAUCGUGGUGGUUUUCGGAAGAGAUGCUUCACUAUUACGUCGCACAAAUUUUGAAAAACUUUUGGCCAGGGGGUGCUUUGGCACCUGCCGGACCUAAUCGUUCCAAAGAACAAAGACUUGAAACUGCACGAGAAGCUAAACAAAUGCUUAUCAAUAAUGUCCCAGAAAUUUUGACAACUUUAGUGGGCGGAACUGCAGCUAAAAAUGGUGCUAAAAAGGUGUUUGACGCGUUGCAAGAAAAAAAUAUGAAUAAACAGUUGUUUUAUGAAAUUCUUGAAGCUACUCUGGACGCAGCUUUCCCAGAAUUACAAUAAUGCAGAUUGGAUGGCCAAAGAGUAUUAUUUUAAAGUUUAAAAUAUUUAUUUCUUGUUUAUUAUCUUUAUUAUGUUUUGAAGUUAUAGGAGAUUUCCAAACAUAAAGUUUUUCCAAAAUUAAAAACCGUCUAUACAGGGUUUCAUCUACUAAAACAUUCACAUUAAUUAUUGUUAAAUUUUGUUGUGAUAAAUUAUUAUUAUUAUAGUUUUAUAAUAGGUAAGUAUAGUGAUCUAGUAAACGUAAGGCAAUUAUUGUGUCCUAAGAUUGUAUUGUAGUUAUCACAAUUCAUGUUGUAGCACAUAAAUAUAUUGCAGAUCUUCCUGACCAGACAGUUCUUAGACUGAUUUUUGGUUCUGAGUUCACUGUUAAAUCAGAUAGCUCUAAUAGACAGCCUAUUAGUAAUUCUUAUCGCAAAUAGCACAAUAUACUUGAUAAAGUGGUUUUACUGAUAGAAUGGUUUUAUAUUAAUUUUUUUGAGUUUUGUGACAAUUUCCUGUAAAUUAUUUAUUUGCCAUUAUCAAUUAAUUCUGUUACAUAUUUUGUUAUUUAAAUGCUGAGAAAAUAAAAAUAGGUGAGUUUUA